CCAAUCAUUUCCACACUAAUCACAUUCUUAUAUCAAUCCAACAAAUUAAAGCUAGCUAGGUACACAGUACAAUGGCAGUCGUCGGAAACCGAAAGCAACUAAUGUCAUUGCUCCUCCUAUGCGUGAUCACCUCCGGCGUUGUUAUCCCGCCGCUUUGGGCGGAGGCGCAGGUAACGUGCCCUGGCCUCGUCAACACACUUUUACCAUGCGCGAACUACGUAUUGAACGGUGGGGAUAUACCGGCGACGUGUUGUCCAGCCGUGAAAAAGGUGGAGGACAGUUUAAAAACAAAGCAAGACAGACAGAGCGCGUGCCAGUGCGUGAAAGAGACGUUUGCUAAAGCCAAGCCAGACCAGCUGAAACGGGCUCAAGAUCUCCCAGCUAAUUGUCAUCUCCCGGCCCUUCCAUUUCCGAUUAGCCCUAACGUCGACUGUUCAUCUAUUUCAAAGUGAAUUAAUUAAUAGAAAAUGGUUUAUUUGAAUUUAUGUAUUAAUUAACAUCUUCCAGAGAAGAUGUUGAUUGUUGGUUAUAUGAUGAUAUAUAUUUGAGAAAUAAAUUGAAACUCUUCUUUAAAAAAA